AUGUUUUUCUCUCGUUUUAUCGUCGCUGCCAUCUCCUUUGGCGCCAUCUCUCUUGCCGCUCCGAUUGGAAUGUCAGGAAUAGCCUUGCCUGUCGGCGGGCUUUUGCCUGGUGGAUCAUCGCUGCCUCUUGUCGGUAGCAUAAUCCCAGCCGACAAAUCCGGCCUCCCAGUUGGCGGAUCCGGACUUCCGCUGCCUAUUGGCGGUGGUGCCAUACCCAUACUUGGUGAUGGUGGUGCCAUACCCGCACUUGGAGGUGGUAACAAGAUCAAGCUUCCCUUGAUUAGUCGCUCUGACUCUACGUACGUCGGUUCGUUGGACAAGGUCAAUAGUAUCGCGGGAGGUUUGUUGGGUAAACUCAAUGGCGCGUCGGGGAUUGAUGCAGGCUCGUUGCUAUCGGAACUCACUAGCCUAAACGGAGCUCUGGGAGGAGUGAAGUCUGUCCUCGAGCCUCUACAAGGUCUUGGAGUUGAUUCUUUACUAUGCGGUCUUCCGUUGGGCCAAGUCACAAACAAAACAAAAGAAGUCUUUACACUUGUACAAGGGGUGAUGGCUAAGAUACAAUCCCUGGAGCUCACCGGUCCCAUCAAGAGCGAGCUAGCGAACACAGUGGGAUGCCUCACCGAUAUAACAUCCGGUCUUGCCAUUGCUCCUCAGGUCCAGAGCAUAGUCAAAGGAUUGCUUGGCAAAGUUCUAGGACUCGUCGGCGGGCUCCUUGGAGGACUUGGGCUCGGUCUCUAA